AGCAGAAACAGAAUAUGCAAAGCAAACAUGUAGACAAUUGAGAAAAUUUUUUCACAUUGACAAAAACACGACAACCGCAGACGUUGGAGAACAAUAAGAAGUGCUAUACAAAAAAAAAGUGGAAAACCCAAACGUAUUGGCAUUAUUUUUUUACGAAAAAAUAUCCUGUGAAUUUGGGAUUUAAUAAAAUAACGGAAUUUGUUAGAAUAUUAAAAUAAAAUAACGAAAGUGUUGUAAAAGAAAAACUAACUAAAGUUUCAAACCAACUACCAACUCCCUAACAUAUGCUUUAAAUUUGUGAAAUUCAUUCAAUCACUGUUUCCUCAGCUAAGAAAUCUAAACGCACAGCUUUUUCAAUAACUUAAAAAUUACAAAAUUAAAAUUCAAAUCCUUUGGAAAAAAUCAUCAUUGUCCCAUUAACCAGUAAGGAACCGACAACAACAAAAAAUAAUAUAUCAACGAAGUAAAACGAGACGACAAUUAUUAUCGAUUUAUGUAUCUGUUUAUGGUUGUGGCGGAGAAGUCCAACAGGAAUACCAGCAGUUAAACACAACAACAAGAAAAACAAGUAAUUCUGCUACAUCUCAACGUCAUACAAACGCCAACAAAAUUUUAUUGUUAGGACGCAGUCAUACUUAGUUAGCAGUCGUAGUAGUCUGCCGCGCCAAUAGCCAACAGUCAGUCAGCCAUAGCCAGCCGUGUGUAAUAAACGAACAAAGUGUAUAUCACACUGUUGUAGACAUCAGCAAACCAGAGUCAGAUAUACAGACAUUCUCUCAACAAGAACACACACACAUAUACAUACCCACAGACACAAGCACACACACACAUACGCAAAAUAACUCGGGCUAAAAUCAGCAGCCAAGUCAAGUCACACAGCCAAAGAAAACAUCAUCUUUAACACCAAGAACAGCAGCAGUAAAAAUCUACAUUUCGCCUUGGUCUUGGUCGUUAAGGUUGUAACAGGAAAUUGUCCUGGCCAAAGUUGACUACAAGGAUUUUUAUUUGUUGAAAUUAAAGAAAGAAAGAAACAACAGUGUCUUUUCAUAAAAACAAAAAAAAUUGCUGAAUACUUUUUUAUGUGUGUAUUUUUUUCACUCGCUCUCUCCCCUCCUUUAUAACACGGUUUUGUGCCCAACAGCAGAACAAGAAAAAAGAACAACAACAAAAAAAGAGAAAUAUACAUAGUUAUAUGUAUAAAUAAAAAAUAAAAUAACAGAGAACUGAUAACCCCAAUCAGGCAGUUGUUUUUCUCGCUGCCUCCUCUGUAUGCCCCCAGUGUGUGAGUGUGUGUGUGUGACACAGAAACCCAUUCUUUUUCUGGUUCAUCUUAAUUACAAACUGUUCCAAUUUUUCUCAAAAAUUGCGUAUAAUAAAGAAAUUAUUUGAAAUUUUCAACCUAGCUGAAUUUUCUGCGUGAGAGAGAAAGGCAACAACAACAAGAAACCGACACCUAAAAGUGAAUCUUGGAAUUUUCGUUUUCUAAAGCAGACAGUAGCAGAGAAAGAAAACAACAAAACAAAGAUGGCUGGUGCUGGUGAUCCAAAAUGGCAAAAAGACGCUUCCGAUCAGAAUUUCGAUUAUAUGUUCAAAUUGUUGAUAAUUGGCAAUUCGAGUGUGGGCAAAACAAGUUUCCUCUUCCGCUAUGCCGAUGACAGCUUUACAUCUGCCUUUGUGUCAACGGUUGGCAUUGAUUUUAAAGUGAAAACAGUGUUUCGGCAUGACAAGCGGGUUAAGCUGCAGAUAUGGGACACUGCUGGCCAAGAGCGUUAUAGAACAAUAACAACAGCAUAUUAUCGUGGCGCCAUGGGUUUCAUUUUGAUGUAUGAUGUCACAAAUGAGGACAGUUUUAAUUCUGUACAAGAUUGGGUAACUCAAAUCAAAACCUAUUCGUGGGACAACGCACAAGUCAUUCUGGUGGGCAACAAAUGCGACAUGGAAGACCAGCGAGUAAUCUCCUUUGAGCGUGGCCGACAAUUGGCCGAUCAAUUGGGAGUAGAAUUUUUCGAAACAUCGGCCAAAGAGAAUGUUAAUGUUAAGGCUGUUUUUGAACGUUUGGUCGACAUUAUAUGUGACAAAAUGUCCGAAAGUUUAGAUGCUGAUCCGACGUUAGUGGGCGGAGGCCAGAAAGGCCAAAGACUGACCGAUCAACCUCAAGGCACACCCAAUGCUAACUGCAAUUGUUAGAUUCCUUGUGUUUAUGUUUUACAACAGCAGCAACAACAACAACAAAUUCACAAAACAACCAAACAAAAUAGAGUAUUCAGAAAUCAACAACAACAAAUAAAAAAUAGACAAAAUAAGUUUAUGUUUUUUAAACAAAUUAUGAAUGAUUGAUACAUAUUCCAG